UAUUCUCCUUUGCAAAAAUCUGAAUCAAAAUCUAUGAAAUGGGUUCUUGCAUCAGCAAGUGCAGACCCAAGAAACAUCCCCAGGAAGAAUUUAGCCAUGUCCAAGACAAGCGUGUUAUCUCUCAAGCCCCUAAAACUCCAAGUACUCCUCACUCAAACAAAGUUUCUCCUUCUCCUCUUUCCCCUACUUCUUCAACUUCUUCUGUUUCUUCCCUCACUUCCACGACCUCAAGCUCAUUGUCAUCAAGUGCAUCUUCGGUCUUGAGCUCGAAAGAUCGAUCAUUCUCCAAUGAGUUCUUGUGGUCAUGUGUUAAGGAGAAUCCACAUGUUGUCCGUAUCAAUUCUAUCAAGGAAAAUUCUGCUUUGCACAGUAAGGUUCAUAUCCAAAAGACAGACUUAGCGGCUAAAACAAUUCCUGCACCACUGAUGAAACACCCACAAAAAGCUGCAGCCUCGAUACCACAGAAGAGAGUCCGGUCAAGCUCUCCAAAACCCCUGACAAGACAGAAGAGUUUUCGGAGGGAUCCCGAGUGGCCUAAUCAUGCAUAUUCUACACCAAGCAGAACACUGAAGUCACCAUCUCCAAGCCGGAGGUAUAAUAAUGGUGAUAGAUAUGGGCCAGUUUUGAUACAGGCACCACUAGAAUGUCAUUCAAAGCAUAUGGUUGGCUCGAAGCCUAACACAGUGAGCUCUGUACAAUCAUCUGUGAGGAAGGAAAAUUUGAGGCCGACAAGUCCAAACAUCAACUCAAGUCGUCUACGCCCUUGUUUGAGGAAUAGGGAGACAUGCAUACAGAGAAUUGGUUCAAAAAUCGAUGAAAUCGCUGUUGGAAAAGCAUUGUCGGAUUUUGACAUCGACUCGAUUCCCAUGGAGGACAUUGACAACCCUCUCAUCUCCUUGGAUUGUUUUAUCUUUGUGUAGAACUAAGUGUGCUGAUAUAUGGUGUUCAUAGCAUUCAUUUUUUUUCCUUUAAUUGGGUAUUUGCAGCCUUCAUUCAUGAACAGGUUUUGGUAAUGAUCAGAUGGAUCAAAUUCCCUCUACUUUUAUGGGAUCGUGAGUAUUUUCCUAUUUCCUUUUGUAAUUAUUUUUGCUGCCUACAUAUUAUAUUUUUGAAGUAAUGUAACGAAGCUAAGAGUC